AUGUCGACCAACAAGAAAGAAUACUCGACCGAGACACCGGCAAGAACCAAGCGUAAGCUCAAAUUCUAUAACUCAAGAAAUACCUGUCAAGAGCCUGCACCAGUGAGCAAAGCUGACGAUGUCGCCGUGAUCAAAAAUGCAGAUGGACAUACCUCAAACAACGACGCCUCUGGCGCAGCCUCAGGCCAAAAAACUCUGAGAUCAAAGAGUUCGAACUCACUUGAUGCUCAUACUGCUACCAAAACGGCAAGCCAGCAGAAGACCGGAAUGAAGCGGAAGACAAUGCACCCAGGCUGA